AGUCGUCAGUGUCGCAUUAAUGGAAAAAAUGCCUCCAACCACCAACACUUGACUUUACUAACCAACUCACUAUGUUCUCUCUUUCUCAAUAAAACCUACUCACAUAUACACCUGUUAAUGGAUCUGUAGCCUUAUGAUUUGGGCAUCUUUCUGUUAUUAUCCUCCUCAAUAAGAAUCUUUUUCUCUCUCCGCUUUUCUUCUUCUUUCUCUCAAUUAGAUUUGGUUGAGUUUUGACUUUGUAGUUGUGGCAACUCACACCAUUUUGGGGGCAGGAACUUUUUAAGCAAUUGUUGUACCUCCUGGACAAUGAGAAAGCAGGGAAUAAAAUGAGUGGAAACUUUACGCAAGGGCUUAACAAUAAUGGGGCUCAGACUCAAAGCUCUGACUCUAUAAAUAGCAGGCAUAAUAUUGAAGCACAUAGUUUACAAAGGAGGUUAAAUGGUGAUGGCAAUGGCAAUUUCAUUCAUUUUGAAGACAGAGAAGCAAUGGAGCUUUAUUCACGAGUUAGAGCACAGAAAGAGGAGAUCCAGAUUCUUCGUGAACAAAUUGCAGCUGCCUGUGUGAGGGAACUGCAACUGCUGAAUGAAAAAUAUGUAUUGGAGAGAAAGUUUUCUGACUUGCGAAUGGCAAUUGAUGAGAAGCAAAAUGAAGCUAUUACGUCUGCUAUGAAUGAAUUGAUUCGCAGAAAAGGAGAUCUUGAAGAAAAUUUAAAAUUGGCACAUGAUUUGAAGGCUGUAGAUGAUGAGAGAUAUAUUUUCAUGUCAUCCAUGCUUGGCUUGCUGGCUGAAUAUGGAGUUUGGCCCCACGUCAUAAAUGCUUCUGCUGUAUCGAGAAGUGUAGAGUGCCUACAUGAUCAACUUCAGUCGAAGAUCAGGAAUUCACACGAUAGGAUCAGAGAGCUAGUGGUGGGUGCUUAUGGUGAGAGUGAAUCUCAUGAUAAAGGUAACACUGGUACUGGCAUCCUAAUGCGUCAGGUUCCUCAUCAAUCCACGAGUCAAAAUGGAAUUUCUCCUUCUAAGCUCAAUGUAGAUGAUUGGCAGCCAGAACCAACUGACAAAAUAAUGAGAUAUAGGCGUGAAAUUGACAUGGAAGAUAAAACAAGGUUAAUUCUUAAUAAUGAGAUGCAUCAGCAGUUAAAUGGGAACAAUUUGCCGGAGUUUUCAUUUGAUCCUUCUAGGAAGGUUGCUGGUCCUCUCUCCGAUAGUUUGUUCGAUAAAGGUGUCAUAAAUGCGAGAACUGGAGAUAUGAACAGGGACAUGCUGUAUAGCACACAUGAUGACAUUGCUUCCUCUGCUGCUGAAGAGGGUCCUGGAAUAGACUGGUUUCAGAUUAUUGGUGACGCUGCACCCGGAGAAAAACUCCUUGGCUGUGGGUACCCUGUGCGUGGAACUUCUCUCUGCAUGUUUCAGUGGGUUCGCCAUCUUGAUGAUGGAACUAGGCAGUAUAUUGAAGGAGCCACAAAUCCAGAAUAUGUUGUCACCGCUGAUGAUGUUGAUAAGCUGAUUGCUGUUGAGUGCAUACCGAUGGAUGACCAAGGCCGUCAGGGAGAACUGGUGAGGCUUUUUGCUAACGAUCAGAACAAAAUAAAAUGUGACCAAGACAUGCAGCAGGAGAUUGACACAUAUAUUUCUAAAGGCAAAGCCACAUUUAGUGUUCAGUUACUGCCAGACUCUUCUGACAACUGGGAGUCAGCAACUUUAAUUUUGCAACGAUCAGGUUACCAAAUAAAGAGCUUGAGUGGCGAAGUUCUUCUGAUUGCAGAGAAAUUUUCGAAGAAUUUAUCAAUCAAAAUUCCUUCUGGACUCUCAACACAGUUUGUUUUAACAUGUUCAAGUGGAUCUUGUCAUCCUCUCAAUACAUAUAGUGUUCGGAUGCGGGAUACACUUGUAUUGACAAUGAGAAUGUUCCAAAGCAAGGGGGUGGGAGUUGUUGCCGCCUUUUUGAUGUGAUAUCAUGGUUUAUUUUGACCUUAAUGCGUGACAUAUACCAUAUGGAACAGGCAUUGGAUGAUAAAAGGAAGGGUAGAGCUUAGAACCUCAAGCCUCUUCGAUAUUUCAAUACAGUGUUUAUAUUAAAACUCCAUUCAUGUAGAAGAUGAGAAGACAAUAAAUCUGCAGAAAUUUUUCCAUCUAUGAGACAAAAAAAAAAAAAAAAAAAAAAAAAAAAAAAAAAAAAAAAAAAAAAAAAAAAAAAAAAAAAAAAAAAAAAAAAAGGAAGCAUUCAUUUGAUGGCAAAUGUUGUAUUAUAGAUUGUUAUUGUCUUUUGUAGAUUGCAGAUCACACAUGCGUAGCAUCUAGAUGGCAAACUAAUAAAGUUCAAUGUGUAUUUUCUUCAAUUUUGCAAACAAUGUUAUGUAACGGUCCACACAGUUUCUAGAUUGGUAUAAUUCUUUGGUUUGAUAUUAUCUUGUACUGUUGGAAGGAACUGAGUAUAUGCAUUUACUUGUUUUAAUGUU